AUGGCUCAUCAGACGAUGUUAAAUACAAUAAUGUACCCGUCGUGGACUUUGGAAACAUGCUCGACCUUCUUUCUCGUCCUCCUCGCUUUGCUCUUCACAAGUGGUAAUCUUGCCAUUCGUCUGAUCCGUAAGCGUGACCGUCUCGGAUCCCACGGGGAGAUGGAUUACAUCAACCAAUUCCAGCUACCUUCUAAUGCACAGGCCAAUUCACCUCUGUUUGAUGGCACGAUUCCUGGUGAAAUUCGAGACCGUAUUUUUGCUUUUACCCUGAGUUGCUUCGAAUCGCAAAAGGCAUGGGAUAGAGACAGUUCAUACGUUAGACCGGAAUAUGCGGCGCCCCUUGUCGCCGACACGGCAAUUCUACAGACUUGCCAGCGCGCCUAUGUCGAGAAUUGGUUUCGACCGUGGAUCUCGGCAACUCACACGUUCUAUCUCGCUUGGGAGGGACGCCGGCCUGACAAGGUCACCACCGUCGAAAAGUUCGAACCGACUCUCGAACUACUGUUUGCGACGCACGGCGAGACUGAGAUCUCUCAUGUGAGAGUGUUUGCUCAACUGUGCUCUCUCGAGAACGGCAGAGAGCUUUCGAGGAUUCUCGGCAUGAAGAACUUCUUCCCCCAGAAGAUCACCAUCACCAUCCGACACCAUGACUGGUGGUCCUGGGAAGAAGACGCGCGGUUGCACAUCGGUUCGCAGUGGGUCCGUGACUGUCGUUUCCCCGACACCGUUCGAGAAAUAUGUGUCGAGCUUGAGAGCCUGCAACGAAAGAAGGAUCAGAUUGAUUGGAUUGCGGGAGAGAUGGCCCAAGGUUGGCAAUUUGCUCGGUGCGAUGGAACGAAGCUGUCUGCGAAGCCACAGGACGUACGUGUGAGCCGUUGGAGUGGCAGCUCUACCUGGGAAGGACAUCGGUGGUUACGCGACGAAACGAAACCUGGAGUCAAUGAAUACUACGUCAAGACCAUCACCUGGAAGCCAGACCAAAGCAUGACUGAGCGUCCCGUACCCAAAAGCCUUCGUGCGCCGAAUUCUUUCGGUAUCCUCAGACAUAGAAACCCAUCCAUGCCUGUAUCACGUAUAAGGGGCGCUGGGGUUCCGGAGGGACUUUCAGCUGAGGAGACAGAGAAACUUGUUCGGCGGUGGGAAGGGGCCAAUCGUUAGUUGUUGAC